CCAUCCCACUGUUGCGCGCUCCCGCCCGCCCGCGUUCCCGACGCCGCCAGCAGGCUGGGAAUCGCUGGAGCGCAGCGAGCCGGAGGAGGAAGCGGCCAGUUUAGUGUGCGGAGGACAACAAAAGACAGAAGGAGAGAAAGUCACCGAAAAAACCACACACCGCCGGACUAAACAGAUCGCUUACCCAUUCUCCCAUAUUAGCUUUCCUCAGAAUGGCAAGCAGUCUACCCACUGACAAAUUCAGUUUCUUGUAUCAACCCGACGGCUGUCAGAACCUGAAGAGUAAGAGCAGACUGUCUUCCGCCAUGAACCCGGUCUACAGUCCCGUCCAGCCCGGGACCCCCUAUGGAAACCCCAAGAAUGUGGCAUACACAGGCUAUCCCGGAGGGUAUCCCACCACCGCUCCCACGUACACCCCCAAUCUCUACCAGACUGGCAGUCCAGGGUAUCCCCCAGUGCUGUUGCUGAAGCAGGGCUGGCCACAGAGCUCCACGGCAGGGGCUGCGGAGGGGUCCUAUGAGCUGGCUGUGGACGCGGGGUCAGAGGGCAGAGCUUACCAGGCCCCGACGGCAGCCUUCAGGUACACCACUGGGACCCCCUACAAAGUGCCCCCCACCCAGACUAACGGGGCCCCCCCGCCUUACUCCCCAUCUCCCAGCCCCUACCAGACGGCCAUGUACCCGAUCAGAAGUGCCUACCCCCAGCAGAACCUCUACGCCCAGGGGGCGUACUACACACAGCCGGUGUAUGCUGCCCAGCCCCAUGUGAUCCACCAUACCACGGUGGUGCAGCCCAACAGCAUCCCAUCAGCCAUCUAUCCUGCGCCUGUGCCCACACCGCGCUCCAACGGUAUGGCCAUGGGGAUGGUGGCAGGCACCACUAUGGCCAUGUCUGCCGGCACCCUGCUGACCACACCGCAGCACCACACGAUCGGGGCACAUCCAGUUACCGUGCCGACGUACAGGCCUCAAGGAACACCCGGAUACAGCUACGUGCCCCCUCACUGGUAAACCCACUGGCCGAUUCAUAUCUGGAGUUUAAACAUCGUAUGCAACUACUCAAGUCUUACACGGAAGCUCCAUGUUCAGUGUGGGAGCACCGAGUCUGUUUGCAAGAACAAGCAAAGUGCAAAGGUCACUUUAUGCAUUUCCUAGUGUUUUUGUAAAAGCUGCUUUGUAAUUGUUUGUUUGUUCAUUUUUGGGUUUUUUUUUGCAUCGUUCGUUUUUCCUCUGUUUUUUCCUUCCAUUAAUACUUUCACAGAAACUCCAGAAUAACACUGACAUUCCACACUAGAUAGGAAUCCUCUUCUGUCUUAGUGUGGGCCCAUUUUCCAGGCCAGAACCAGAACCAUGACAUCGACUCCAUCCUCAUCUCCACCCUCACCUCCAUCUUAUGCUGCCAAAUUUUGUAACAGGAUUAGAUAUUAGGACGGGUUCUGUUUUCGUUUUGUUAUUAUUUCCGAAGUCCCUCGGAUUUCACACUUUAUUUUAAUGGAUUUCCUUUCAAUAUUCCUUCCAGUACUGGUAACAAAGGUUGUCUUCCAGCUUGUAGCAGUUUUAGAUAGACUUGUAAUGAAUAUAUCCACUGUUUAACAGUAUAAAUGUGGUAUUCCCUUUGCUAGGAGAAGGAUGCUCCAAUAAUCUUAGUUACACAAUAUGUAGAAGACAUUUUAAGUCAAGUCAGUUACUUAAUUAGCCUGUUCAUCAGGAUAUAGUAAGCAAUUAUAAGAUUUUGAGUAUAUAGUUGUGUGUGUGAGUGUGUUGGUGUGUUUGCACGUUCACACGACCGCUCACACGAGCAGUCGGGUGCUGCACUGCACAUUGACUAGGGCCCGGGUGCGGCAGCAAAAUGUGAAAGUAAUCUGUCUCGUGCCAAUUUGGUGGGGGGGGUGGGGGUGUGUCACCGGGCCUCAUUCAAGAACAGGACGACAACUUAAGGGGACAUUGAGGUUAGCAGUAAGUGUUGGGGGGAGACGGAACAGAAUAGAGCAGGAGGGUGAGUAUGAAACAUAGAUGUACAAGAAGAUAGAGGGGUGAUACAGGGGCUUGGGGGGGUGAAACUGUAACAUGAGCCUUAUAGCUCUGGCCCAGUCCAGUCCAGUUUGGUCCAGUCCCACGUGCUCUGCACUUCCUGAAGCAGUUAAUCUCCAUGCUGCAGCGUCGGGCUGAGGGCAGAAUCCUCUCAGGAGCCUGUCCUGAAGGGCUGCUCUUCCCUAGGCACUUAUCAGUUCUUAGUGGUAAUUUAAUCUGAUCGUUUGCCACUUGCCAACACUUGCCAUUUAUUGUGGGAAUAAAUUUCAGUCAGCACCGGUCCAAAAGCAUAAGUAAUCCGAAUGGCUGCUAAGGCCCCAACAGCGUCCGGGGUCCCAGAAACACACUGAGGACUGAGGUGUGUUAGGGCCCCGAUUCAGAUAUCACUAAGGGCCCCAAAGGGGGCUGGACCGGCCCUGUUUGUAGUUCCAGGUUGAGGUGGGGGUCAGGGGGAAAGAUGGUUGUGGAAGGUGAGAUUUUAAGGGGGACGUUAGAGGGGUUUGAGUUGCAGGUGUUGUCUUUUUCCUUUACCCCCACCCCAGACUUAGUGGGGGGAGCUUCUUGUAAACAACCAGCCCAUGGCCUGGAAAACCAUCACGUCCUGAGGAAGGAAUCAGAAAGUUCUCUCCUUUUUUUUUGCCAGUUCUGUUUUUAGUGCCCCCCCCCCCCCCCGACCCCCACUCCCCCGAAAUCUGGAAGCUGCGAUUUUAAUCCCCUCUAUUAACGGGGAACAUGGAAGCACACGGAUAUAUGCGAGCAGGACCACACCCACUCUCACACUCCUCGAAAAAACUCCCCCGUGCACGUGCGGGUAUCCAGGUCCUCCGUCAGCAUUCUUUGGGGGCGGGGGCGUAACGCGAUCCGUUUGCACCAUGGUGGUCAAUGAGUGACCACACAACAGGGUGACCUCACUAAUGGCUGCUUUCGGAGAGCUCUGUGUAAACACUCAUGCUGCUCCCUCAUUGGAUGGACUGCGUGUGGGCAAGCCACCCCCUGUUAUAUGGUACCUCAUGGCCUCCAUCAGUGUUUCAGUAAUUAGCGCAUGUUUAUAUGGAGACGAUCCCACACGCUGCCUCGUUGACGCAGCCUCAAGUCAUGUCCACAAGCACGGAGUGGGGGGGCACUGCAUUACCACAGUGCGCCACUCACCACAGACCAUUAGGCCGUGCGCUGUUGGUCGGCGUAUUAAAUCCCGCAUUUCCCAGGGGGCCGUCUCUCACCUACUCGUGCGUUUGCUGCAUGCCGAUUGGCUACAUUACAGCCCGCCCGCCUUGCACCCCACACGUUCCUGCUCACGUGGUUUCCAUAGUGAAAACUCGUCAUGGCAAUGCUGGGGCGAUGGAAGGCACUGCAAGGUCCACAGCCACCCAGCACCUGCCACUGACUUUGAUAUGGUACAGCCAGUAAUUCAGUCCAGUAGAAGGGGGCUCUCUUCUGCUGUCCAGAUGUUGAAUUUACGGGAAAAUGAAACAUGUCAACUGAGCAGUGGCAGCCCACCCCUCCACGUCUCGCUGAUACUGUGUCAGACGGAACCAGCCAGGCACUAGUGUAGUUAGAGCAGGACUAUGCCCCGCCCACCCCUCCACUGCAGGGCUGACAUUUUUCUUUGUAAUGAGCUCAGGCUGCUGUUUGUCUGACAUCAGCAUCAGGUGUGUGAGUCCCUGUCCGUGUAAGUGGGGGGGGGGGGCACUAAUACGGGGUAAUAUGCGGUGUGAUCCCACUCCCCAAGUGAACAAACAGCAUCAAGUGCUGCUCAAAUUCUAAACACACUUUUAUUGUAUAUCUUGCAAAAAAAAAUUGAUUGCAAUGUAAUGCGAUGCAUAUGAAUUGGUGCACAAGGUCCAGCGCCUGGUACCGGAGUUAGAUUCAUGGCCGGACUGUCGGAGUUCAGUAACUCCAGAGGUGCAGUGCCUGUGUGAGUAGAAGCCCUCGGGAUUUUAAAUUAAUAAAAAAAAAAAAAAAAAAUUUUAAAAAAAGCUUAAUAAAUGAAUUAAAAUGGCUAGGUUUAAAAGAUCAUUUCUGAUAUGUAAUUU